CUGACCAACCCUUCAAGUCUUCAAGAAAGUAAGAUAUCAUCAACCAUUCUUUAAAAACAAUGGCAUCAACAGGAUCUAACGAUUUUUUGGCGGGUGCAAAGGGAGCUGCGGCUACAGCACAGAAAACUAUAGGGGAACAAGCUUCGAAUGUGGCAACUGCUGCUGGAGGUGUUCAGAAGACAGUAGGAGAGUACGUUGGGAAGGCAGUUGAUUAUGUUAAUCCCAAACCAGAACCUAAGCCAGUAGGUGUUGUUGCUGGUGCUACAAAGGCUGCUGGAGACUUGUUUAAGAAAUGAAAUAUCAACUUGUGAAGUUGUGAUUCAUUAAUAAGGACAAAAAACUUGCAUUAUUAUUGAUUAUUGUGUAUCUUAUCAUGUGUAGGAUAGGAUAUACUCAGUUAGCACUGUUUUAUAGUGGAUUGAAUAUGUAAGGUUCCAGUUUACUGUCUUUGAACCAACAUCCUCAUCCUCUUUGUUUAUGUUUUUUCUUCUUCUUUUCUUCUAAUUCUGUUGCAUAUUUUAAUUAAGCAGGUUUGUUGUCUUUUGUUC